AUGUCCUCGCGCCCAGCGCGCGCGCGCCGCCCGCCGCCGCGCCCCGAGGGCGCGCUCGACUGGAACGAGGCGGCGGCGCAUGUGCGUGGCCGCGCCUCGCAGUCGGCGCCGGGCGACGAUGGCAGCGAUGCCGCGUCGGGCAGCGCCGCGGCGCAUGCGUCGGACUCGGCGGCAAUGGACGUGGGCGAAGAUGCAGCGAUGCCCAUGCGCCCGCCGACGCCGCUCAGUGCCGGCGUCAGUGGGGACGAGGCCGGCUUCCUCAGCGACGACGGCCAGUCCAUGCACGGCCGCAGCGAGGAGUCCGACUCUGCAGACGACUACCGCGAGUCGCCCGAGCCAGGAGCGCGCCAGCAGCGCGGCCCGUCUAUUGACGAGGAGAUGGCGUUCGGCGGCGACGCGUUCAACGUGCACGGCGAUAUCGCCGGGCUGCAGCCCGAUGCCUUUGCGCGGCUCAACAUGGCCGGUCCGAGCGGCAGUCAGUCGCAGAGCCAGAGCCAGCGCCGGCCCAGACGGCAGAGACAGGCGGGCUACCGUCUGCCGCACGGCGUGCAGCAUCCACAGGACUGGAAGACGAGCGCAGGCGCGCGCCGCCAGCGCUACGGCGCCAACUACGAGGAGGGCGAGAUGGACGAAGAGGCGCUUGGUCGCCUCGUGAACGUCAUCACCGAGGAUGGUGAUGCGCCGGGACAGGCGGCUGCGUGGCAGGACACGCUGGGCAACUUCGACGCGGACGGCGAGGGAGCGAUGGCCCCGAUCGAUGUGGUGGAUGGCGAAGAGCUCGACGACUUUGCCUUCCACCAGGAUAUGCGUGCGGCAGGAGGCUUCCGCCAGGCGCGCGUGCGCAAUGGCGGCCGCAAGAGGCGCGCGCUCCAGGAUCAGCACAUGUCGGAGGAGGUGCGCCAGAUGCUCGUCGAUGUCAACAUGCUCUACAUGCUCGCCGACGAGAGCAACUCAAACCUGGACGAGGCGAUUGCGCUGCUCGAGAAGAUCAUCCGCAUCGAGCCGGCGAUCAAGUCGGCGUGGUCGACGCUCUCGAUGUGUCUGCAGGAGAAGGGCCGCGACGAGAAGGCCAUCCAGUGCCGCAUCAUCGAGGCCAGCCUGUCGCGCCACGCGACGAGUCUGUGGCUCGAGCUGGCGGACCAGUCGCGCGAGCUGGGCCACUAUCUGCAGGCCGAGUACUGCUUGGCCCAGGGCAUCAAGUCGUCGCGCGAGAAGGACCGCUCCGACGUGCUGGACCUGAUGUGGUCCCGCGCCGUGCUGCUGCGCGACCUGGCCGAGGGUGAUGAUGGACGCGUGGACCUCAAGCGCAAAGCCGCCGCUGCCUUUGAGUCGGUCCUCGAGCUCCGCCCGCACAACCAGGACGUCAUGGCGGCGCUCAUUCCGCUGCUCAUUGGCCUGCAGCGCCCCCAGCGCGCCAUCGAGCUGCUGCAGGCGUCGGGCGAGUACAACAUGCAGGCCUUUGUCGAUCCGCGCAUCGACCCUGCGCUCGAGAGUGGGCUCAACGCCGGCGAGGUGCACACGAGCACGUACGGCAGCAGCGAGAUCGUCACACUCGCUGACCUGCAUCUGCAAGUGGGCGACGCCGCACUGGCGCUGCGUGUCAUCCGCCAGGGCGCGCGCUGGCUGCAAGGGCGCCUGGACGAGGACUUCUGGGACGAGCUGCAAGAAGACGACCGCGAGUAUGACUUGGACCGCGAGGCUGGCGGGCCCAACGGCGAGCCGCGCGAGGGAGAGUACGGACGCCGCGUGCAGCUGGCUGGCGUGCAUUAUCUGGAUCCCGAGAUGCGUCUUCGUCUCGGCCUUGCCCGGCUGACGAUGGACGAUCUGCUUGAGGGCAAGCACCAUGUUGCGAUCUGGCUGCAGCAGCUGUCCUGGGACGAUGCGAACCUGGAAGGGCACAUCUCGGCCGUGGCCGAAGCGUACAUGCAGAACGGCCACUGGACCGAUGCGGCCGAGCUGCUCGAUCGCGCAUGGAAAGAGCCUGACCUGCAACUCGUCCCGAUCGCCAAGCUGAGGGCGCGCUGCUACCAGCACAUCCAAGGUCGCCAGAAGGAGGCGCUCGACCUGUACAGCGAGCUCACCGAGUACGAGCCGGACAAUCUCGAGCUCAAGCUCGCGUAUGCCGAGGUGUGCGAGGAGAUGGGACAGAGCGACACUGCCAUCGAGCUGGUGACCAGCGUCGUGCGUGCCCGCCAGGCGCUACAUAUGGAGAAGGAGCGCCAACACCGCGCGCCGCUGGGCGAGCACGAGGCAGAGCUGCAGCAGUCGCAGACGCAGCUAUCCUCCUUCUUCGACGAGCGCUGGGGCCUGCAGCGCGACACGGCGGCGCAGAGCGGCUCCUCGGCGCGCCGAGGCGCCGCCGUGAGCCGGCAGGAGCGCAUGCAGCUCGAGCAGGCGCGUACCGCCGAGUACCGUGUCGUGCGCAAUCGCCUCGCACAGCUCGAGCCCAAGAUGUUCACGCACGAGUGGUGGCGCCACGACGUCUCGUUCAGCAAGGAGAUGGACGCCAAGCUGCCGGUGCAGGGAAGCAAGGCUGACGAGGCGCAGAAGCGGGAGCGCUGGAAGGCUACGCAGGACUGGGUGGAGGUGGCCACCGGCCUCAUCGAGCAGGGCUUCUUCCGCACGACGCAGCUCUUUCCGAAAGAUCGCCAAACAAAGUUCAAGGGCUUGAUCCGGCGCGUGCGGCAGAGCGCCAAGUCGGACCUUGACCGGCAGGCCAACGCGAUGCUGAGCCGCAUGCGCGAUGCCAUCGUGGACGAGGGCAGCUCGAACGUGGAGCUGGAGGAGUUCCGCGGCAUCUCGUUCGACGAUUGGAUGGAGCUGAUGAUGAAGUACUGCAUCGUGCUGACCAAGCUCGGCGAUCACAAAGCGGCCUACGAAGUCUGCAAGCGGCUCGGCGGCUCGAACGUCGUGUGGUCGCACGACGACCGCGAGGUGGCCCUCAGCCUGUGCCAUCUGUCCUGUGCGCUGUACGCCCGCGACUUUGCUCCCGUGUUCGAGGCCGUGAACAAGCUCAUCGUCAAGUUCCAGUUCUACACGGAGCCGCUGCGCCUCGCCAACACACUCGCCAACGCCGGCGGCUUCUACUCGCUGACGGCCUUUGCGGCGCCGAGCCUGCUGAAGCGCGCGCUGAACCGCCUGCGCUUCACUGAGGUCGUCGUGGCGCGCCGGCCGCACCGCUUCACGAGCAACAAGCGCUGGACAUCCAACGAGAAGCUCAGCGAGGCGGCGCCCUUGGCGCAAAUGUCCGGUGCACGCGGCGACGAUGCCGACGAUGACGACGCGUCCGACGAGGAGGCGAGCGACGCCGAUCAGCUCGAUGCCGAGGCGGAGGCUGCGGAUGCGGAGACGGCAGCCCGCAACGCGGCUGCGCUGGCGGAGACUGAGCGCGCCUUUGCGGCCAUGGACGAGCAGGACCGCGUACGCUACAGCCGUCCGACCGAGUACAAUCCGGCGCACGAGAUGCAGUACGGCUCCAUGCUGCUCGCCACGGGCAGCUUUCAGUCGGCCAUGGGCUACUGGUACCGUGUCGCUGCGCACCAGAGCAAGGACCCGCUCGUGUAUCUCGGCGCCGCCACGGCCUCGGUGCAGCGCGCCAUGCAGCGCCAGGCCGACAAUCGCCACCACUUUGUCAUCCAGGCCAUGGCGAUGCUGGCGCUGUACCGCCAGCUGCGUGCGCCGCACUCGGUGGAGGUCGAGUACAACUACGGGCGCCUGCUGCACCAGCUCGGCCUCAACGCGCUGGCCGUGCAGCACUACGAGUGCGCACUGCGCUUCCACGACGAGGCCGUCGCCGGCACGGCGCCGCCGCCUCCGCCCGUCGACGAGGGCGCUGCGCCGCUGGAGCGCGGCUUCGACGCCUUCCGCGAGGCGGCGUACAACCUCGCCAACAUCUACGUGCUCGCCGGCAAUGCGCGCCUCGCCCGAGCCCUCUACCGCCGCUACCUCACCGUCUAGUGCAGGCGUCGCCGCUGCGCGUCUGUGGCCCGCUGUGUCUCCUCUGCGUCACCCCGCCUGUCUUGCGUCACAUCAUCGUCAUUGACCACACACCUGCCCGCCCCUGCAGGCGCUCACAUGCCGCGCCUCGACGGCGGCGACCACCAUGUGAGGCGCGAGGCUUGGUUGCUCAUGACGGGCAUGAGGCCCAUGGCGCGGGCGCGGCGCACGGCCUUGCCGACCUCGCGCUGGCUGCGGCGAGUGAGGCCCGUGGCGUUGCGCGGCUUGAUCUUGCCCAUCUCGCUGACGUAGGCACUGAGCAGCGGCGGGUUCUUGUAGCUGUCGUCGUGCAGCGACGGAUGCCCGGGACGCAGGCGCAGGCGGUGCAGCUGGUCGGCGGCGCGCGCCUCGCGGGCGCCGGGCCCGAGCAGCGGCAAGGC